AUGUCCACAGUCCCCGUUCCAAAACUCAGCAGCUAUGCAAAGGAAUGUCGACGAAACAACCAUGCUCCUCGACUGAUUGUCCAUCAUGCUAUUAACCCCAGACUCAAAGAGAUAUGCAGGGAAAACACCGAGUGGGAUAUCCAAAGGACAGACAGACAUGAAAGCAUGAAACGCAAACGCAGGAAGCUAAAGUGA